AAGUAAACAUGAUUCAUUUGAUUGAAAGAAAAAUAUAAAAAAGUUGCACUUUUCGCAAAAAAUAAAAUAAAAUAAAAAAAAACAUAAAAUGUGAAAAUUUUUAAAACGGUCGUAAAAAUACUCGGUGCUCAUUUAAAAUUUAUUGGCAAGCAAAAUUACAUGUUUAGUGCUUCGGGAAUGUUUAUUUGCCCUCAUAUUUAGCGCAAAAAUAAGGAGAAAUAUCGCAAACAGUGAAUAAAUUUCCCAGACAACCAGAACAGCGGCAACACAAAAAUAAACGUAAAAAUAGUUCAUGAAUAAAUUGCUUCUCUUCUUCUUCUGGUGCGAGAGAGAUCCUUGUAACAGCAAUGUAUUUAUUAUUAUAAACAUUGAAAGUAACGUCGCAUUGUGAAGGGAUAUCAAGAAAGGUGAACAGAAGUGAAAGACAAUCUGAAAUGAAAAAUUGUUCGUAAUCAACAAAUCGGAAAUUGAUUUGGAUUUGGACGGCGCUCACAAUGCUCGGGUGUCGUUAAAAUAAAGUGUUUGUGGAAGCUGUCCAUAAAAUAUCGACAAAAAAGGAUAGAAGCGAUGUGUGGAAAGAAAUAAAGAUAAAUAAAGAACGUACGAUAAUAAAAUUAGAGCUACUGUGAAAAAAGGCUCGAAACACAAUAAAUUGAACGCUCACACACGUCGAGGCAGGAUAUUUACAACGACAACGUGUGCAAAGAGUGAAAUUUAUCGUCAUAUCAUCAUCGCCAUCGCACACAAUCAUCAACAUGGCUAUGGAAUGGAUUACCGCGAUUGAUAAAAGACCAUGCGAUCGAAACUUACGUGACGCCGAACUAAUUUCAUGCCGCCUGAGACGUGUCGAACCGUUAUGCCGUCUCCCCGGAUCCGCUUUGCAACAACUCGCCAUGUGCGGUUUCUACGAGGACCUCGAAAAAGGAGUCACGCUUUUUCGUGCCGGCGAGCAAGGUCGUUUUUGGUAUGCGGUGCUCGGAGGUUCACUCGAAGUGCGAUAUCAUGCUGCCAAUCCCGAUAGCAAUACACAAGUGACGCUGUGCAAUUUGGGCGUCGGUGCGACAUUCGGCGAAAGCAUUUUGCAUGACAUGCCGCGCGAUUGCACCGUCGUAACGAAGACCAGUUGUGAACUUUUGCGUGUCGAACAGGCGGAUUUCCGGCUCAUUUGGGAGAAAAACAAGGAACUCAUGAACGACAUCAUCCUCAAUAGUCGCAAACGGAACGGAUAUGGCGUUUCGCCCACCCGACAAUCGCCCACGAAGCCAACGCGGGGCAGCACAUCGAACGACGUCGACCAACCGAAUCCCGCGUUGCCAAUUACGCCGAGCCCAUCGCCCCAAAUGACGCGCAUGGCAUGGGCGUUGCGAACGUUGCUCGUCACCGACAGCAGUAGUUGCUUGAAAGAUCGAAAAGUUUCCGGGAAACUCAUUAAAAAGUGCGCGCCAGGCACGGAAUUGGUCGAUUGGUUGAUAAAUUUGUCGCCGAUUGUUCAUACGAGGGCGCAGGCAUCGGGAAUGUGGCAAGCGUUGUUGGAAGAAGGAGUUUUGGUUCAUGUUGCACGCGAACAACCAUUUAAGGAUAAGUGUUUUUUGUAUCGAUUUAGAACGGAUGAGGAAAAUACAAGCAAUACACCGCAAAUUGACGACGUGAAUUCCGCGAAUGAUCACGUGAGAGAAAAUCUUCCCGCUUUGUUGCAUCGAGGACCGGAUGCGACACUCAGAAUGAUUCUGAGAAAGCCCUCUCAUGAACGCACACAAGAAGAACUUGAACUCGUAUUUGAAGAACUUUUACACAUUGCAGCAUUAUCUCACCUGUCGACGUCAAUUAAACGAGAAUUGGCGUCUGUUAUUGUCUUUGAAGCUCAUGCCCAAGCAGGAACUGUGUUAUUUAACCAAGGCGACGAAGGUCGUUCAUGGUACAUCCUUCUCAAAGGCUCUGUCGAUGUCGUCAUUCACGGCAAAGGUACCGUAGCGACGCUCAAAGAAGGCGACGACUUUGGCAAACUUGCACUAAUUAAUGAUGCACCUCGGGCUGCAACAAUUGUGUUGAAAGAAAAUCAUUGUCACUUGCUGCGAGUUGACAAAGAGCACUUUAAUCGGAUUUUACGUGACGUGGAAGCGAAUUCGUUGCGAUUGCAGGAAAAUGGCAAAGAUGUGCUGAUUUUGGAACGUGUGGCAAAACAAAGAGGACAUUCAGCUUUCAAAUAUACCGUGAUGUGCGGCACGCCGUCGAAAAUGCUCGAACACUUGCUCGACACACGCAUGGGCAUUCAAGUGGGACCAACAGAUCCAUUUUUGGACGAUUUUAUGUUAACGCACAUCGUUUUCAUGCCAGUUCCGAUGCUGGUCGACGAGUUAUGGCGACAUUAUCAUAGCGAGCUCGAACAUGACGACGAAGAUCACGAACCAACCACGGAGGACAGAGAUUUUUCGGUGCAGUGCAAGAGAAGAGUUGUGCAGUUCAUCCAAAAGUGGGUAAUUGCCGUUAGGCAUGCGGUUUUCGAGGAUCCAGCUGCUGUGGAUUUUAUUGAAGAAAUCGCAAGCGAUGUCGAAAACGACCCCGAAUUGAGCGAAGAAACGAGUAUAGUACAUCACGUGUUGACCCAGUUGGCUCGAUAUCAAGAAGAUCGCAACGCCCAUGCGGGUCAAAAAUGGAAAUUACCGCCGAAUGGACAACCAAUUUGCUUAUUUAGCCCGAAUCCAGCCGGAACAAAGACAUUAAUUCGUCCCGAUGACGAUAUAAUUUUUCGUGUCUAUUGCGCUGAUCACACGUACUGCACUCUUCGUUUUCCGGUUUGUGCGACUGCGGAAAUGGUCAAGGCUUGUGCCGCGGAUAAAUUGCAAAUAAAUCGUGCGACGGAGGAUUUGGCAUUACUCGAAGUCAAGUCAAAUGGCGAAAGAAUUGUGUUUAAAGACACGGAUGUGAGUAUUCCGACUGUGCUGAGUCUCAAUGGGAGGAUUUUUGUGUCGCCCAAAGAUCAUAUUGAUGCGAUGACGCCGUUACCGGAGCAAGAAAUGGUCACAGAUGGCAUCGAUAUGGAUAUUGAAAUGCUAAGCACCAAAGAAAUUGCGUAUCACAUGACCCAGUUUGAUUGGGAUCUGUUUUGGGCAGUGCACGAAUAUGAAUUGAUGUAUCAUACGUUUGGGAGACAUCAUUUUAAUAAGAUCACAUCAAAUUUGGAUGUCUUCAUUCGUCGCUUUAACGAAAUCCAAUAUUGGGUCGUUACGGAGAUCGUUUCUACUGGAAGCAUGAACAAACGUGUAUCACUAUUGAAGAAAUUCAUCAAAUUAGCUGCAUACUGCAAAGAAUAUCAAAAUUUAAACGCAUUUUUCGCAAUUGUGAUGGGAUUGUCGAACAACGCGGUAUCUCGUCUCACGCAAACGUGGGAAAAGUUACCGUCAAAGUUCAAAAAGCUCUUUACCGAGUUCGAGGCACUCAUUGAUCCGAGUCGUAAUCAUCGGGCAUACAGAAUGUCAGUUGGUAAGUUACAACCACCCGUGAUCCCGUUCAUGCCGUUGCUGCUAAAGGACAUGACAUUUGCUCACGAAGGCAAUAAAACGAGUGUCGAUGGCUUGGUGAACUUUGAAAAGAUGCACAUGAUGGCACAAACGAUGCGAACGGUGCGCUUUUGUCGAUCCCGGCACCUUGUAUUGGAUCCGCCAUCGCCCAAAAGCGAAGGAGACGUUCGUGCGUACAUCAGUUGUUUCCGCAUCAUUGACAACCAACGCGUACUUACGGCAAUGUCGCAAAAAAUUGAGCCAUCACGACGCACUUAAGGAAUUUCGAGG